AUGGCCGGUGGUCUCGUCAAAUACCGGCAUCUCAGCCGAAACUCAUCUGCCCGAAAAGCUCUGUUGCGAGGCUUGGUGACCCAACUUGUGCAAUAUGAGCAUAUCCAGACCACAUAUGCAAAGGCAAAGGAGGCCCAACGGCUGGCAGAGAAGCUGAUUACGCUGGCGAAGCGAGACAAUGAGCCGUGUAGGAGAUCAGCACAGGGGAUUCUUUACACACCACAUGUACUGCUUCCCAAGCUCUUUGGCGAAUUGCGAAACAGAUAUAUCACCCGAGAAGGCGGCUAUACCCGUGUCGUCCGUACCGAACCCAAAAACACCUACGACCAAGGCGAGAGUGCUAUCCUCGAAUUCGUUGACGGUCCCAAGGAUUCACGGUUCAUGAUGACAGCCAAAGCAAUUGCCAGAGAUCGUCUGCUGGGUCGCCAAUCUACGCCCCUCACGUUGCAGAAUACGAAGAAGGUGACGCAGUUUCGCGGAGCGCAAGACCUCGAGGACUUGGUGCAGCGGUUUGUGGCUCUUGAAACAUCUGACUCAGCUGUUGCGGAUGAUGGACACAGUGUGGAGGCGGCACAGAUGGCGGGAGAAGAGAGUGCAAAGGUGCAGAAGCUUGCGGCCGACGUGCAGACACAAAAGGAGGAACAGCCAAAGAGGUAG